GUGGCUACAGCAAUUGGCGAUGUUAUACUGUGCAAUCUAAACACCCACCAGCUGGAAUGUGUUGGGAGUGUGGACAGUGGUCUGACUGCAAUGAGCUGGAGUCCUGACCAAGAACUUGUUCUUCUUGCUACAGGUACAAAUCAAAAUUACAAAACAAAUAUUCUCAAUUUCCUUCUUUGUCUUUUGGAUUCUGGCAGAGGCAACAAUGGCUCAUUGCAGCCUAUGGUUUACAAAAUAGUAACCAGCCAUGGAUUUGCAUUAACUGUUCCUUGUUUGCCUAAAGCAUGUUGGGUUCAUACAACAUGCAUUAAUAUCAUCUAGCAUUUAACCAUAACAAGCGACAAUACACCUAUAAUGACACUGUUUUAAUGGCAAAGAUGAUUAAUAUUCUGCAAUUAUAUUAGCUCUUCUUUCAGUUAAAGGUCUUUGAGGUAUCCAAAAUUUACUGUAAAAACAUUUUUGAAUUGAUUAAGAAUUGUGUUUUCCCUCCCUAAAUUUAUUCCAUAGAUCACUUGAGUGUCAUACUUAGCAAUCAUUUUAACAGCAAUACAAAUAUCAAGUUCUGUUUCCUAUCCUGGAAGAGUCAGAUGUGGAAUAAUUAUUUAAACUACAAGAAGGACAAUUCCAUCUGAAUGUUAGAAGAAACUCUUAAGAGUAACAGCUGUUUGGUAAUGGGACAGGUUACUGAUCAGCGGGCUCCAGGACCAUCUGUAGUGGGUAGGGCUAAGGGGCCAAAAUGAUCGGCACAACUGCAGUUCAAAGCACUGCCCCUUUGUAUGAAUUGACACAGAUAGAAAGGGGCGGGGCUUCAAGCCACAAUUGCUCCCACUGUUUCCCACCUCUCUGCUGUGGACAGCACUGGUGGGCUCCCUCUUUCUGGAUGUCUUUCAAGGAAGCUUUAAUCUGAACCAAGCAGGGGUUGGACUUGAGAACUUAGAUCGCUCCUUCUAAUUCUAUGAUUCUGCACAGUGGGAAUGUGAAGCCAGUUUGGGUCAACGGCACUUAAACAUUUUAAUUUUAAAGCUCAUUAUAUAUCUGUGCUGUGACAGGUGAGCAGACUCUGAUUUUGAUGACAAGAGACUUUGAACCAAUUGCAGAAAGACAGAUCCACCAGGAUGACUUUGGAGAAGGCAGGUUUAUUACUGUUGGAUGGGGUAAAAAAGAAACACAGUUCCAUGGAUCAGAAGGCAAGCAAGCGGCUCACACCAAGCCAAUGGAAAUUUUGCCCGCUUUACCAUGGGAUGACCAUAAGCCUCGGAUCAGUUGGAGAGGAGAUGGACAGAGCUCGAAAAGUGAGAGUGUGGAGCCGGGAGCUUAUUCUACAAAGUACCAGCGAGCCUGUCCCAGGACUAGAACAAGCACUGGCCUGGAAGCCCUCAGGAAGCUUGAUUGCAUCUACACAAGAUAAAGCUAACAAACAUGAUGUUGUGUUCUUAGAACAAAAUGGGCUCCUUCAUGGUGAAUUUACCCUUCCUUUCCGGAAAGGCCAAGUAAAGGUAAAUGAGCUGCUCUGGAAUUCUGACUCUACAAUAUUGGCUGCUUGGGUGGAAGAAUUGGAAACUGAUAGUAGUUCCCAAAAAAAGAUGUAUGUCCAGCUGUGGACAACAGGAAACCAUCACUGGUACCUGAAGCAAAGCCUGCAUUUUGGCAGCUUGGAGGGCAGCCCACCUCUUGUAUCCCUGGUGUGGGAUCAGGAAAUCCCCUAUCGACUUCAUGUCCUCUGUGACCAGUGGCUUUAUCUCUGCUAUGAUUGGCAGUGGAGUACUGAUCGCAGCACCAGUGAAGGGGCCAAUGACUUGGCUAGUGUGGCAGUCAUUGAUGGAGAUAAGCUUCUGUGGACAGCCUUUCAGCAUGCUGUGGUCCCCCCACCUCUUUGUACAUAUCAGCUGCAGCUCUCCUGUGCUGUCAAUCAAGUUGCUUUCUCUACAGAGUCUCAGAGUGGAGAUCUUGCUGUUUUAGAUGCUGAGAACAAGUUGUCCAUUUAUAGACUGAAUGGUCAUGUGGAAAUGGACCCCACAGUUAAAAUGGGUGCAGUUGGUGGAAAAAGAUUUACAGCUGCAGUUCCUAGGCUGGAAAAGUCAUACAGAAUUGACCUGUGUGAUGACAAAGGAGGAAGAAAUCCACUGUGGCUUCGCUUUCUCACUUGGCUGCAAGAUGAUUUGUUCCUAGCUGCUAGCCAGGGCUAUCUUCCAAAGCACACACUCAUUCACCAUCUGAAGUUGUGCUCCUCAGGACAAGAAGGAUGUGCUGAUAUCUGGUCCCCUGUGAGCGUGGAUGCUGAUGUGAUCAGCCUGUGUUGCAACCCAAAGACCAAAGCAGUGGCUCUGCAGCUUUCUGAUGGGCAGAUCCUGAAGUAUCUGUGGGGAACUGAAAUGCCCGCUGCCACCCCUUGGCUGAAUAACGGUAGUUCAGCUGUUUGCUUUCCGUCCCCGUGUGUGCAGACCUCACUGGCUGUGAUUGAUGAAGAAGAAACCAUAUUUGGCUUGACUGACAGAUGCCGUUUUUUUAUUAAUGAUACUGAGGUUUCUUCAAAUGUUACAUCCUUUUCAAUCAGUGAUGAAUUUCUCUUGUUGACCACACAUUCCCACACCUGUCAGUGCUUGUCUCUAAGGAACACAUCCCUGAAAGCUUUGCACACAGGCCUGGGCAGCACUUCUCUCCCCAAUAACGAGACUCUGCGCAAGAUUGAAAGAGGAGCCCGGAUAGUCACAGUUGUGCCACAAGACACAAAGCUGAUAUUGCAGGUGCCAAGAGGAAACUUGGAAACUAUUCAUCAUCGGGCCCUUGUUCUAGCUCAGGUUCGCAAAUGGCUGGAUAGGCUCCAGUUUAAAGAAGCAUUUGAAUGUAUGAGAAAGCUGCGAAUCAACCUCAACCUCCUGUAUGACCACAAUCCAAAGGUUUUCUUAAAAAAUGUGGAAACAUUUAUAAAACAGAUUGAUUCUGUAAAUUAUAUCAACCUGUUCCUCACAGAGCUGAAAGAAGAAGAUUUCACAAAAACGAUGUACCCCCCUCCAGAUCCCACCAGUGUCUAUGAAUUUCACUCUUCCAGUAAUAAAAAGAUUAACACCAUCUGUGAUGCCAUGAGAAAAGCAAUGGAGAACAUCAGUGCUACUAAGUACUGCUUAGCCAUACUGACCUCACAUGUCAAAAAGAGCCCCCCGGAACUGGAAACAGCCCUGCAGAGAAUUCGUCAGCUUCAAGGACAGACUUCAGAAACGAUUGGACCUGUCAGUGUGGAAGAAGCAUUGAAAUACCUGCUGUAUCUGGUGGAUGUCAAUGAAUUGUAUGAUUAUUCGCUGGGGACAUAUGACUUUGAUUUGGUCAUCAUGGUUGCUGAGAAGUCUCAGAAGGAUCCUAAGGAAUAUCUCCCAUUUUUAAAUAAACUUAAGAAAAUGGAAAUCAAUUAUCAACGAUAUUCAAUAGACAAACACUUGAGGAGAUAUCCAAAGGCUCUCUACCACCUUAGUAAAUGUGGGUCAGAACACUUUCCAGAGUUCCUGAAUUUGGUGGUAGAUCAGAAUUUAUAUAAUGAAGCCCUCAAGCUCUGCCUGCCAGGCACACAGGAAUACAAGACCGUCAGCUAUGCCUAUGGAGAAUAUUUGAUCCAGAAGCAUCUUGCUGGGCAAGCUGGGCUGAUCUUCUUCCGAUGCGGUGCCUUUGAGAAAGCGUUGGAUGCCUUUCUGAUCAGUGGCAACUGGCAACAGGCCCUCUGCGCAGCCGCUGAACUUUGUUACACUGAAGACAAGCUGGCCAGCCUGGCAAGGAGAAUGGCAGGAAGACUUUCUGAAAAGAGAAAGUAUGUUGAUGCAGCAAUUCUCCUGGAACAAUAUGCCAAGGACUAUGAAGAGGCCAUCCUGCUUCUUUUAGAAGGAACAGCCUGGGAUGAAGCCUUGAGAAUAAUUUACAAAUAUAAUAGGACUGACAUUCUAGAGACCAACUUCAGGCCAUCUUUGUUGGAAGCCCAAAAAAAUCAUUUGGUGUUCUUGGAGACACAGAAAGCAGAAUUUUCUCACCGUCGUAAACGCCUUUCCGUAGUUCGAGAGCUUAAGCGGCAAGCUCAAAAUGAGCUUCUAGAUCACGAAGCACCAAAUUGUCCUGAAUCGGAUCUCUUUUCUGAUACCAGCAGCUUGGUGACAGCCAGUGACACAAGUUCCAAAUAUACUCACAGUAACUCAAGAAUAUCUGCACGCUCCUCAAAGAACCGUCGCAAGGCAGAACGCAAGAAACACAGCCUGAAGGAAGGGAGUCCCUUGGAAGAUGUUGCACUCCUGGAGGUUUUAGGGGAAAUAGUUCGUAGUAUUGACAACUUGAAAGGUGAGAUGCACAGCCUUUUAAAGUACCUAGUCCUGUUUGGCUAUGAUGGGCAAGCCCAGGAAUUGCAACAAGCCUUUGAGGAUACCCUUCACUUGAUGGAGAGCUCCCUGCUUGAAAUUUGGAGCCCAGACCUGCAGCACAUCCCAGCCAGCCCAAUCCUGGGCCCCAAUUCAACUGCUAAUAGCAUAACUGCUGCCUACGCUCAACAGAAAGUGAUGGCUCCCAUAGCACAAGAUCCAGAGAUCUUUAUUGCUCCAAAACUCAAUAAAAACACUCAGUGGAAGUUGAAUCUUCUCCAGUAAUCUCAAUUCCACAGCUACUGACAGGAUGAAGAUCUACACAGGUAGCCCUCGCUUACCAACAGUAAUUGGGACCAGGACCUCUGACGUGGUUGUAGUGUGAUGUCAUGUGACCAUGCCAACUUACGACAGCAGUUCCAGCAGUCCCAGUUACCAUUAUUAGGCAAAUCCUGCACAGUUGCAGCAUCCCAUGGUCACAUGGUCGCCUUUUGCGACCUCCUGCUGGCUUCCCCAUUGACUUUGCUUGUUGGAAGCCACAGUGACGGUCACAAAUGGCUAUCAUGUGACCACAGGGUGCUGCGAUGGCAACUGGCUUGCAGUUAUGACAAGUGCCCGAAUCACGAUGACGUGACUGCAGGGACGCUGCAACGGCUGUAACCACAAGGACCAGUCAUUAAGUCCCUCUUGUUCAGCGCCGUCAUAACUUUGAACAGUUGCUGAACGAGUGGAUGUUGAGCGAGGGCUACCCGUAUUUAAGCACUGGUUCUCAUCAUGCGUCCUGAAAUGAAGAAGGAUGAACUGGCUCACAAAACAGUGUAAAUCCACCUUGCCUGAGAUAUGUCUGAUCAUGGGCUUCCUUCCACCUUUUCCCCCCCAGCAUUGCCUGAAUAACCAGGUAGCAACCGGUUGGCUUCUGCUAUUGUAAAUUAUUUUUAAUAUGUUGCUUUGAACUCUCCAAACUCCUUUUUGCGGUUUGAUAGCUGAAGUGAUCUUUGGAGUUUUUAAAGCAGGGCUAUUAGUAGUACUUUAAUUUUUUAGGCUUUUU